GAGAAAACUCUCUUUCUUGUUUCUUCUUUCUUCUUUCUCUUCGCACCAAAAGCAACAUCAGGACUUGGCGGUGGUGGCGACGGCGGCGAAAGUGACAACAGCCAACAGGAACGGCGGCGGAAAAAUGUUUCUCAAAUCAGUCCGUACACAUAUCGAAGUUUGCGUGAUUGGACAUGCUUAACAAUAAGAACAAAAGCUUUUUCUCAAUGAGCUGCGACGAGUUUAUGGAUCUUUCAAGAAUAUUGUGUUUGAUGAGAAUGCUCACACUUGAAGAAACUUGUGCCAGAGUAUGAUCAAUUUUUUGUAACAAAUUGAUUACUUAUCAGUUUCUGUGAUUCAUUAUUUUAGCCAUGUCGGAAGCGUCGAAAAGUUUGGGUGGCCAUGAAAGAGUAGGACCUGAUUACUUUGGUUAUUAUUCUUCUGAAGUUGUUAAUCUGUUGUCACAAGAUGAGGAUGCUUUGUCUGUUGCUACCGAUGCGUCCGAGGUGCCUCAAAAUAAGUGUGGAGAAGGAGAGAACAAUGCAGUUGGUACCAAUGGCAAUUGUUCCGGGGAAUUGUUCAGUGAUGGCAUUGGAGCUGGGCUUUCAGACCUGAAAAAGGACAGAUUACGAUCACUGCUCAGACAGAGUGUCACUACUCUUUCGUCCGAAGUUGAUGAGGUGGUAGACCCUGUUUUUGCUAUACAUCAAUUGCAAUCUAAACAAAGAAGUAAAAAACAGACGCUGGAUCAUACAGCUGUUGCAUCAAACAAUGCUCAGCAUAUUCCUUGUAAAAAGUCAAAGAUCUUAUCACCGCCCUCUUCAGCUAGCCUCCAUGAACAAUUUAGUGAUGUCAAUCCCACAUGCAGUACAGAGGUGAAUGAUGAUCUCCAGUUUCUAUUAGAGAAUGACAGUGUGGAGGUUCAGGAGAUGGUGAAGAACUGUGCAAAUGAACUGAAUGGAACAUUGGAAUACAUGGAAAAACAACUGGAGGUACUACUUGAUGCUGUAACGUCAAAGUGCAGGCCCAUGACCCUUGGUGAGAGGCAACAGCUUCAGAGAAUGAUUCAGAAACUACCAGCAAAAAAUCUUGACCGAAUCGCUGAGAUAAUUUGUCGAAGUAGGCCUACAGAACAACCAAAUUGUGAUAAAAUCUUUGUUGAUCUGGAAAAAGAGGAUAAUGCUACACUUUGGAGACUGUAUUAUUAUGUUGAAGCUGUUGAGAAAGCCAAAACACUCUCUUGCACUCAAGAGGUUUAGUUUUAUAAGUGCUUUUUGAAAACUUGACCUCUAAUUCUAGUUCAUUAGAAUUCAAUAUCAACAUUAAGAAAAUUCAUUUGUGCUGAGUAUAUAGAUUUUCAUCUUUCUAAUGUAGAGGGGGUUUGGUGAUACCAAAUGAAGUAUCAACCAUACUUUGUGCCCCAAAUUGGAAGCAUUUGACAUUUAAUUAGAAUUUUUUUUUGA